AUGGCUGACCGUAGGGUGGCCCCGGUUGUGGUGAUGCUUCUCGUCCUGGUCGCACCAGCCCUGAGCGGAUGCCCAAACGCCUGCCGCUGCUCCUUCGCCAUGCUUCAAUGCCUGGAGCUGGACGGAAUCACCAGCAUCCCUGCGUUGGCAGCGCAGGAGAGCGAAAACGUCACUGAAAUCUACAUAGAGAGUCAAGCCAACCUGGAGAACAUCACAGACAUAGACCUCACCAACUACAGAGAACUGAAGAACCUGACGGUCACAGAUUGUGGGUUGGUGUACAUCUCUGAAAAUGCAUUCCAGCAUAAUUUCAAGCUUCAGUAUGUAAACCUGGCCUCAAAUUCACUGGUGCAUAUCAGUUGGAGGGUGUUCCAAUCGGUCCCUCUGUUGAGUCUAAUCUUGAGGGACAAUGCGCUCACCUGCUCAUGUGACAUUUACUGGCUUCAGCAGUGGCACAGAAAAAGACAAAGCGACACUGACUCUCAACAAAACUGCAUGUACAAUGGCAACAACAUUCAGCUGGAUGCAUUUGAAAUGGAUAACUGCAGCAUUCCUGAGGUCACAAUUCACCCAUCGACACUGACCACUCAAGGAGGUGGAAAUCUGACAUUUACCUGUCUGGUGACUGGAGUACCAACACCGACGAUCCGCUGGAGAACAGAGCAUCUACAGUCCAACUGGACCCUGCAGCAAGGAAUCUGGGGUUCAACCCUGGAGCUGGUUCUCCACAUGAGGAACAUGUCGUCUGGAGACAACCUGCACAACCUCACCUGUGAGGCGGAGAAUCGCGCUGGAAUGGGAGAAGCCAUGGUGCAGCUAGACAUUGAAUUUCCAGUGCGGAUCUUGUUUCUAAAGAACCCAGAACCACAACAUCACUGGUGUUUCCCAUUCGCUGUGGACAGCAAUCCUCCCGCCAGCAUCAAAUGGCUGUACAACAACACGACUCUCGUCGAAACACUCUACACCUACACCGAACUGAUCAGAGAUGCGGCCGAUGGCUCCGUUCAACACGGCUGCCUGUUCCUCAACAAGCCCACGCACCUCAACAACGGCAACUACACGCUCAUCGUGGAGAAUAAACUGGGUAGAGACCAGGCUACGGUAAACGGGAAGUUCAUGGAUAAUCCUUUUGACCCCUUUGACCCGGAGGGCAUCAUUCCUGUCCUCACUGAUGACCCAACAGCUCCCACUAACCAAUCAACGGAGCCGGAGAAACUGGAGAGCAGAGUGUUUGGGGUGUCAGUAGCGGUGGGUCUCGCUGUGUUCGCUUGCACAUUUCUGCUCAUCAUGGUUGUCGUCAUCAAUAAAUGUGGACAGCAUUCCAAGUUUGGCAUUCACCGUUCGUCUGUUCUCGGCACUGAGGAUGAUUUGGCCGUAUCUCUUCGCUUCAUGAACUUUGGUGCAAGUCCUCCGUCUUCAGAUGACAGCACGCUGGAUUCUGGCUUGUCCAGUUUUGUAGAGAACCCGCAGUACUUCUGUGGCAUCAUCAAAGAUAAAGACAUGUGUGUCCAGCACAUUAAAAGAAAAUACAUCGUUUUGAAGUGGGAACUGGGUGAAGGAGCUUUUGGCAAGGUUUACCUGGCGGAAUGUGCCAACCUCUGUCCUGAUACUGACAAGAUGCUGGUUGCUAUCAAGACCUUGAAAGUGGCCAACGAGUCCACCCGCCAGGACUUCCAACGCGAGGCCGAGCUGCUCACGGUGCUGCAGCAUGAACACAUAGUGCGGUUCUACGGCGUGUGUACAGACGGAGAACCUCUGGCCAUGGUGUUUGAGUACAUGCGACACGGAGACCUCAACCGCUUUCUAAGGGUUCAUGGUCCAGAUGCUCGUAUCCUGGACGAGAUGAAGGUUCCUCCGAUGGGUCAGUUGACUCUUCCUCAGAUGCUCCACAUCGCAGCUCAGAUCUCCUCGGGCAUGGUGUACCUCGCUUCCCUUCAUUUUGUCCACAGAGACCUAGCCACCAGGAACUGUUUAGUCGGAGAAGAACUGGUGGUGAAGAUCGGGGACUUUGGGAUGUCGAGAGACAUUUACAGCACCGAUUACUACAGGGUCGGUGGGAGGACGAUGCUGCCUAUUCGCUGGAUGCCACCAGAAAGCAUCAUGUACAGGAAGUUCACCACGGAGAGUGACAUCUGGAGCUUUGGAGUGGUCCUUUGGGAAAUCUUCACCUACGGCAAACAACCCUGGUAUCAGCUAUCCAACAGUGAGGCCAUUGAGUGCAUCACACAGGGGCGAGAGCUUGAACGGCCUCGAGCCUGCCCGAAGGAAGUGCAUCUCCUCAUGCAGGGCUGCUGGCAGAGAGAACCGCAGCAGAGGCUCGUCAUCAAGGACAUCUACAGCCGGCACGUGACCCUCGUCAAGAACCCGCCCAUCUAUCUGGACAUCCUGGAGUAGCAGCACCCUGAUCGGACCUGCAUGGAAAAGACAGUUCUGGAAGCAGGCUGGUUGAGGAGGACAAUCAGUGGUGGGUUUUGGACG